UGUCCGUAGAGCUUCUGGGGGGAUCUCGUACCCAUUUCUGGGGGGAUCUUGUGUUACUGGGAGAGUGCUACGGACGGAUGGGUGCAAGGACCGCCGCACACGAGAGUAACAUUGUGCUAACUACGAACGCAAACGCAACAAGGCUCCCUUUCCCUGCAAACAUCAAGGCCCCCUCCACACGCGUCAAGACAGUGUCUUUCACCCCCGCAGACGUCAAGAAAGUGACUUCCUACCCCGCAGACGUCAAGAAAGUGACUUCCUCCCCCGCACACGUCAAGAGAGUUCACUACUAUGGUCAAGCUUCUGCAGGCUGUGCUGGUGACGUCGAGUAUGAGCGUGGUGAUGGCGGCGCUGGCCGCGUUGCCCGAGGGCGACCAGUUGGAUACGCCAGAGUGGCUGCAGAAUGUGCCCGAGGGAAGUAAGGUCGCUAAAUAUCGCAAGAGACGCUUCCUUAUCUUCCCAUUGGGAAGUUUACUCGGGGUACAAACUAAUCUCCGACUGCCUCUGCCCGGAGUCGGGUACCUCAGCAACCUGGCACUCCAGAGCUCAAUGCUCUUUAACCUCAACAACUCCACCACCAUCAGUUUUGGACGAUCGUUGCAGGCUUUGGAGCAGCGCUUUGACUUCUACCGUGAAAUUGAAAUGCUUCUUGACAGCCUGGGCUACAACGGUCACGAAUGCACGCUCAGGACCAUCUGCGAGGUCGCUGACCUGCCCUUCCAGCACGGGCUCCUCGGGGAGGUCGCCAACUUAAUUUUAUCGAUAAGCGCCGCAGCGCUCAACGAGGUGGAGAGCGACCUAGACAACGAGUACGCUGCGGCUGAGCAUUAUGGUCGCCACCACGGGUCCUGUCACUCCAUCUACUCCCAGUGUCCCGUCUCCUUCGCCGACUUUUUUACCACGAUUACUCCGGUCUACUAGAGUAAGGCCACAACCUUCCUUCAGGGUGGUCCACUGGUCUAAUGACGGCCUGGUUGGUCACUUCUGCUCAUAGUAUUCCAGUGAGUGCACACCCUCCCUCUUCCCUUACCUCGCCUCCCCCUCUCCCCUCCUCUUCCUCCCUCUCUCUCUCUCUCUCUCUCUCUCUCCC